AUGUACAAGAUCUUGGCAGUCCUGACGUUGGCGGCAGUGGCGUAUUCUCAAAUACCCCAGCCCUGCUUCUCCCCGCCACUGCUUUCGUUCUACGCUGUGCAGUAUAACCAGGAGUUCACCACAUUCCGCAACUUCGACGCCGCCUAUGACAACCAGGGGGAGAGGUUUGCAUUCUACGAGAGAGAAGAAGGCGGACCCGCCCCUGGCAGACAAUACUUCCACAUCAUCGUCCUGCACAGACAGAACGUGGUCUACGAGUACAACCGAAACUCUAACGUCUGCAGGAGGGCUCAGGCUGGUCCCUUCAGACCCUUCGGUGUUCCCCCCAACGGCAGAUUCGAGGGCGAGUACUACAUUGGAGGACCCGGGGAGACAGUUGAGGCUGUAGAGUGGUCCGAUAGGAGUGACGUACGAAGAGAAGAGUGGAUUGGCGUGUUCAGCAGAGUCAACUGCUACCCCAUCCGUACCUGGGAACAUAGUGGCAUUUUUAACCAGACCAUCCAUACACACAUCUACAAUGUAGUCCAAGGAAUCACCAACCCUUCCAUCUUUGAACCCCCACAAGCUUGCCUGAACGCCACCCUUAACGAGCCGACAUUCUUGGGCAAGUCUCUGCAGGGAAUGUACCACAGCAAGAGAAACGGUCACUAA